AGAAAAUGGCGAUUUCGACGAAGUUGUGUACAUUUCAUCGUCAGUUAUUUCGCGGAGUGUUUCCUGAUAAGACACCAUAGUGCGUAUAUAUUAUUGAUAUUUGAGGAAAAUCAAACAACAUCUGUUAAAAUGAGUGAAUCUUGUGCAACAUUUGAGGACAUAAAAACUGAUAUAAAAGUGAAUGAAACAAUUCCAAGUGGCGACGUCGUCCAAGAGAAAGAUGCGCGCGCCUCUUUAAAAACCGAACAUCGACCGAAGCUAAACGAUGGAGAAAUUCCUCCCAAGAAAAGAAAAACGAGACGCGGGAAAUCCAAACGUAGACAACAGUUUAUUAAAAACAGUCGAAAGUCCAAUAAGCUGAUAAAACCUGAAGCUCCUCAUAACAGUAAUCAGUUUCUUCUCGAAGAUCAUGGGCUUAUCGAAGAUUUAGAUGAAAACUUGAAAUCAUUCGAUCAAGUUUCAACAUCAACACUUGGCAGAACUAGAGACUCGAGUUUUAGUGUUGAUUCAGAUGGAGAAUUUUAUUCUUCACCAGACGAUGAGGAACAAUUCUUAAUUAAAGACUUUGAUGAUCAAUAUGAAAGCCUUCAUGCCGAAAGAUUACAAGCCAUGUCGAAAACUCAGUUAAUAGAAGAAUACAUUAUGCUCGAAAAUAAAUUAGAACAGCUGUCAAAGCGUUUACAAAAGAAUAAAGACAAGGAGGAUGAAGAAUCUGAAGAUAACAUACCAGAGCUGAAGAGAGAAGUAGAAAGGCUGAUGAUUGAAAAUGAACGUUUGCGGAGAGAGAACGAUGUACUACGUAGUAAAGUAAAUGCUUCAGAUUCCGAGGAUUCUGAAACGGACUCCAGUGAUUCUUGUAGCAGUUCAUCAAGCAGUAGUAGCAGCAGCGCUUCCAGCAGAUCUGGCAGUCCAAUUUCCACGAUAGAUUAUAGUCAGACUAAUGGACGUGCCUCCACAUCCCCUACAAGUGUCGAUCCGGUGUAGUGACGGAACAAAAACUAAACUUUUCUUAGUGUUAUUAAUUCACUUCUUAGAGUUUGAAUAAUUAGAUCACCAGUGAAAUAAAAGUGUUGAAUAUAUCCCUAGCAUUAGUUUUUUUACAAAAAGGUCAAUUUUACUAUCUUCAUUUUGUUAAAUUUAAUUAUUUCCUGUGUAAGAAUUGUUCAACACGAAACAUACCCAAUAUCAACCGGCUAUUUUAAUGUAUCAGUAUUUUCGCUUUUUUAAUUAUCAGUGUGCAUUAGGAUUUCACAUUUUACUUAGUUUAAAUAAUACAAGAAUAGCAGUGAUUGAAAUGUAUAAAUAAUCAGAAACUUAUCUGACAAUUUCAUUAAUUAUGUAUUUUUUUAUUGGGUAUGAAUAACUGUAAUACUUACGAAACAUUUAUAGACUGCUCUUCUUGUACCAUGUAAUAAUGUAAGUACAAUUUUUUCGAAAAUGCGUUGCUUUUUUUUGGAUGUUAAGUAUAUGUGCAUGUUUUUAUAUAAGUAAAUAUUUUGUAGAUAUAUAUGAAAGUUUAUCGUAGUUAUAAUUUAUUAUAAUAAAAUUUAAAUAGAAUAAUUUUAAAUCUA